GCGCUGCCCACCCGAGGGAGCCCGCGCACCACACUCGCCUGACCCUCUGCCCAUCCCACAAGCCAGGCACCUGUACCAGGAGCCCACUGAAUCCACUAGUAACAUUACAACUCUGUUGAAAACGAAACAUCAUGAGCACUUCAGGAGGUAAUGGAAAAGGGAAACCUUUGUCAGCCAGUGAAGAGGAGCGGAAAAAUGUCCUGAAGCAAAUGAAAGUGCGAACUACACUGAAGGGCGACAAGAGCUGGAUAACUAAGCACGAAGACUCAGACGACCAUGCUGUAGCGCUUCCCUCAGGACAAAACUACGCUACACCCUCAUCAGUUGGAGAGGGAUCAAAUGCCAGUUCUCCGAACACAAAGGCUCCUGCUGGUUACAUCAUACGGGGAGUGUUCACCCGAACAAUAGACAGCUCAUCUAACUCCCAACAGCACCACUCUAAGACCAAUGGAGCUCCAAGAAGUGCUUCUGGACUGCCAGGAGCAGCUAAUUCUGCUUCUGCUCCGCACUCCUCUGCUUAUAAGAUGACUACGGAAGAUUAUAAGAAACUGGCACCGUACAACAUCAGGCGCAGCUCCACAUCAGAGACCGAGGAAGUGGAGGUGCCCUUCACCUCAGAUGAACAGAGACGGAGGUCACAAGCUGCAAGUGGUGUUUUGAGGAAGACGGCCCCACGGGAACACUCUUAUGUCCUCUCAGCGGCUAAGAAGUCCACUAGCAGUCCUACCCAGGAGCUGCAGGCCCCAUUUAUUGCAAAGAGGGUUGAUGUGGAUGAGGAUGUGCCUCCCGAGAAAAAACAGGAGCCCGCUGCUCUAGCACGAUCUGUUUCUGGCAGUGUAAAUGGAGGAAGAGCCCACGUGUCUCAAGCAAUUCUACUUGGGUGUAUACCAAGUAUUCCCAGCCCCUCUGGAAGCCAGGAACCCAGUUUGAAAACUGAGGAGAUCGUCCGUUUGCAGAUCACAACCCCCAGAGCAGGACUCCGCCUGGUGGCCCCGGACUUGGAAGCCCUGAGGCCUUCCCAUAAAACCAAUGAAGCAUCAUGCUCUGAAGACUUCAACAGAGAUUCAGCUUGGGAGGCUAAGUUUAAGAAUUGCAACACAGAUUUGGAAAGAUCAGCUGCACAGUUGGGUGGUGGCAGCGAGGAACCAGAAGCCCCAGAAUCCCCACCAGAAGGUUUGGCUGGAGCAGGUGCGGGUGCAGAGCAAAAAGGGUCUGGCGCCAUGAUAAUUUCUUUUCUGACUGACAAGAAGAGCAACAGUGCAACAGACUCCAAGGGCCCCUCAGCUGAUGGGGAGAUGAACAUGGCUCCCAUGACCAUCCAGGCCUAUCAGGAGACAUAUGGUACUACAGAAGGCAGCCAGGGAGACCCAGCUGUGGCCCCUCAACAGCCUGCAGAUCCCAGCACCCUGGAGCUGGGGAACAACUUCAGUGUACUCAGUCAGCUCGCCCCAUCUGAGGCCCGUACCAGCAGCACUCCGGCGGCCUGUGAAAAUGUGACCCCCAAGAUAUGUGAGGCCUGGCAGGAGACACCUGAGGUCCUACAAGGUGGCCAAGGGGACCAAGCUGUGUCUAGUCAAGAACUUGCAGAUCCCAGCACUCCAGAGCCACAGAGCAGCCCCAGCGGACCUGAGCAGCAAAUGAAACUGGAUAAUACCAAGCUGCAGAGCCCUUCAAGCUUCGCGGUCACUGUUAAUGUUGCUGCCGCUUCUGAAGAGCUGCGUAUGCCAACUGCCUCAAGUGAGCUGGACUGCAGCUCAACUACCAAAGGAAUUCUCUUCGUGAAGGAGUACAUGGAUGCUACUGAAGUGGCUUCUGGAAAGCCAGUGUUUUCGCACUAUGGCAGUAGCAGCAGCAUUGAGGACUCACUGAACCCGGAGAAGAAACCCCCACAUGAAGGAACUCCACCCUCCGAGAGACCAACUGAAGGCGCCUGUACUUACUGUAGCCGAGAGAUCGGAGAUUGUCCAAAGAUUACCCUUGAACAUCUUGGCAUCUGCUGCCAUGAGUACUGUUUUAAGUGUGGAAUUUGCAGUAAACCGAUGGGUGAUCUCCUAGAUCAGAUCUUCAUUCACCGUGACACCAUCCACUGUGGGAAAUGCUAUGAGAAGCUCUUCUAGGCUGAACAGAAGCUGACGAGUCCCAGAUGCAUUUGGCUGUUUAGUUGUCCCCAAAUUGUUGGUUCUUCUUCCUUUACAUCCUCCCCAACCUGGAGGAGUUUCACUGUACUUAUGCCCACCUUGUAAUGAAGUAACACAUCUAGUGUCGUUAUCUCAAUGAUGUUAUAAUUACACAUGUAUGGCCUCUUAUACCUUUGAAAUGCAAAUCCGUAUCUCAGUUGCUCCCAGGAUACAGGACUCCACUUUGACUUCCCUAAGAUAUGUUGGCUAUUGAGUGCAAUGACCUGUUAUCUUAGACAUAAGCACAAGUGUAGGUAUCAGUGUAUGCAGACUUUCAGGCUUCUGAGGGGCCAAACCAAAUGCUGUUGACGAUCCCUGGUAGGGAAAUUAUAGGCACUGAAUGCUAAGGGUUGGAAAUAGGCUAAGGUUUAGCUUGUCUAUUGACUGUAUGUGUAUUUUAAUUUCUCAUACAACUUUUAAAGUAGCUGUCUUUGAAUUAUGUAGCAGAUUUAAAAUACCUCCUCCCAUUCUCUGAGUUUUUCCAGUCAGGCAUGUCAGUACAUAUUGGAAAGUUUACCCUGGUUUAAAUUUGAUAGGAUACAAUAUUAGGAGGCUUCUAACAAAAGGGAUAUCUGUGUCUGUUUGAAUUUUGACAGCUAGUUCAAGUCUUUACCCCUAGUAUCCUUCUUCUUCCUGGACUUUACAUAGAAAUUUUCUGAACUGCCUCGGGUGUGUACAUCUCAAGACUAAAGAAAAGAGUUAAGGUUUCUUGAGACCUCACCACACACCAGGCAUCACCACAAAGCACUGGCUUUUAAACUUUUUAACAGUCUCUAGAUUCUCAUCUUAGAAAUAAAGAGAAGUGGAAAGAAUCCAGUAGAAACAAUGUUGUCUCUCUCUGGAGCCCGUACUUUCUCCAGUCGGGACACUGGCCAGGCACUGUGUGGAGGGUCCCGAUACCUACCCUGCCCCGAGACAUACUCUUAGAAAUGGCAAGUGUGAAAUUCACUCGUCUCCGGGCUUCUUGGAUCCCUCCUUGAAGCAUCACAAUAAUGUAAUUGCCAUCCAGUAGAUGGUGCAGUUGCAGUAGUGACUUGUUUUCUGGUUUUGACUGUUUCAAACCAACAUCAACUUCUAGGUCCCCAGGUACUCAAAGUGCUAAAAGCUGAUGCCUGGCAGAGCAAGGCAGGUUCAUCCCUGCAGUUUGCUCAUAGACUGCUCUGAUUCAGCUUCACUCUGCAGCAUUAAAGUAAGAUCCUUGAAAGCAAUAAUAGCCCUCAAGAUUUGGGGAUGCAAAAUUGAGGCCUCUUCAUUUGAUUUACUUAUAAAAUAGCUCUUCUCUUUCUUCAAAUUUUGAGUCCUAAUCACAUUUAAGCAUGGACUUGUUCUUCCUAUCAAGUUAUCAGAGAACAUUCUAUUUAUUUGUGUAUUUAUCUGCUGCAUGUACUCUGAAGGGGAGAAAGAAUACAGUAGGUCACAUCCCCACACUAAUUAUCAACUAGUCUUUCUCAGUCCAUUUCUAGCAUGGGACUUGGCAGAUGGUGGGCAGUAACAUAUGGGUGCCAAAUGAAUUAGUAAAAGUCUCCCCUUUGGUUAGAAGUGUUACUUGGGAAUCUCCUUGCAGGCCUCAAAGAUGGGAUCCAAAGUAAAGAGGCCAUGGUGGAAUGGUUUCCCCAUCUUAAAGGUGUACUUUAUCAUUUAAGCAGUUUCAGAAAUAUGGAAAAUACUCUAAGACAGCUUGCAGUGUUUUAGUAUUGAUUUGAAUUCAAAAUAGCCCUUUUCUCUCAAAAAAUUCUGCAAUUAAGAGGGUUGGUUUUUCAUUAUUUUCUUUUUAAUUGCUUCGUUUCUAGUUAUAUUUGCUUAAUACACAUUAAUGUAUGCAGAUUAUAAUAAAUGUUAAGAUA